GGUAGAAAGAGAAGGAUGCCUCUCUUCUUCCGAAAAAGGAAACCCAAUGAUGAAGCUCGGAAACGCUUUGAGUAUCAGAUGUGUCUGGCAAAAGAAGCUGGCGCAGAUGAUAUUCUUGACAUAUCUAGAUGUGAGCUCUCAGAGAUUCCAUUUGGGGUUUUUUCAACAUGCAAAGUGCUUCAGAAGAAGGUGUUGAUUGUUCAUACAAAUUACCUCACUUCAUUGGUUCCCAAAUCUUGCAGCCUCCUGAGCCUUGGAACCAUCAAGGUUUUGGACCUUCAUGAUAACCAGCUAACAACUCUUCCUGAUGCUCUUGGACAGCUAACAUCUCUUCAGGUAUUGAAUUUUGAAAAAAAUCAGUUGAAAUGUCUUCCACAGUCCAUCGGGGACCUGGCCCAACUCCAGACCCUCAAUGUGAAAGAUAACAAACUGAAGGAGCUGCCUGACACCCUUGGGGAACUUCGUAGCUUACGAACUCUUGACAUCAGUGAAAAUCUGAUAGAGAGAUUGCCCCAGAUGCUGGCUCAUGUCCGGACCCUAGAGACUCUGAGUCUUGAUGCUUCUUCCAUGGUCUAUCCACCUGAGGCUGUGUGUAGUAUGGGUACUGAGGCCAUCCAGCAGUUUCUCUGCAAAGAAUCUGGGCUUGAGUACUACCCACCCUCCCAGUUCUUGCUCCCAGUGUUGGAAAGAGAUGGAGGAGAGACUUCGGUGGAUAGUACCGAUGGAUCAGUUUGCAGCUAUGUCAGGGAGGAGACUGAGUGGCAGACUAAAUUCUUAGAUUAUGAGAAGAGAAAGGAACAGAAAAUGCUGGAGAAGUUAGAAUUUGAACGUCGUCUAGAAAUUGGGCAGCGGGAGCAUGCCCAGCUUCUCCAGCAAAGCAAUAUUCAAAAGGAUGAGAUACUACAGACUGUCAAAGAGGAGCAGUUUCGGUUGGACAAGGGCCUGAGUGAGCAUCAGCGCUACCUGGAUGGAGAGCGUCAGCGUCUACAAGAACAACUGAAGCAGACAGAGCAGAGUAUCUCAAGCCGGAUUCAGAGGCUCCUUGAAGAUAAUCAGAGACAAAGGAAAAGUUCUGAAAUCCUGAAGUCACUAGAAAAUGAGAGAAUUAAGAUGGAGCAACUAAUGGCUAUAACCCAGGAGGAGACUGAGAAUCUACGCCAAAGAGAGAUUGCCUCUGCCAUGCAGCAGAUGUUGACCGAGAGCUGCAAGAAUCGAUUCAUUCAAAUGACCUAUGAGUCUCAGAAGCAAAAUCUGGUCAAGCAAGCUUGUUCCAGCAUGGCCCAAAUGGAUGAAAGAUUCCAGCAGAUCCUAGCUUGGCAGCAGAUGGAUCAAAACAAAGCCAUCAGCCAGAUUUUGCAGGAGAGUGAAAUGCAGAAAGCUGCCUUUGAAGCUCUUCAAGUCAAAAAAGAUCUCAUGCACAGGCAGAUCAGAAACCAGAUUAAAUUAAUAGAAACUGAGUUAUUGCAGUUGACACAGCUGGAGUUAAAGAGGAAAACCCUGGACACAGAGGCACUGCAGGAAAUUAUCUCAGAGCAACGCCGGACCCUCAGCUCCCUGCUGCAGCAGCUACUCAAAGAGAAAAGCCAGCGAGAAGAGGAGCUGCAAGGAAUCUUGCUGGAGAUGGAAGCCAAAAGUGAGACUAAGCAGGAAAACUACUGGCUGAUUCAGUAUCAACGCCUUUUAAAUCAGAAGCCCUUGUCCUUAAAACUACAGGAGGAGGGCUUGGAACAGCAGUUGGUGACCUUACUGGUAGAGCUUUCGGCUGAACAUUAUCUUCCCAUCUUUGCUCACCAUCGUGUCUCAUUGGACAUGCUGAGCCACAUGAGCCCCAGUGACUUGGCCAAGAUGGGCAUUUCUGAAACUGGGCUGCAGCAUGCACUGAUCAGGAGGGCCCAAGAGCUGCUGGAUGUGGCAAAAACACUACCAGAGUUGCUGAAGUCUGUGGAAGGGGAGAACCCAGAGGCCCUGGAACCUGUCUCUGCAGAAGAACCUCCUGAUGCUGUGACUCCAACAGCGCCCCCAGCACAGCUGGAUGUGCAGGCUUCAGAAUGUGUAGUGUGUCUAGAACGAGAGGCCCAGAUGAUUUUCCUCAACUGUGGUCAUGUCUGCUGCUGCCAGUCCUGUUGCCAACCCCUUCAAACCUGCCCACUGUGUCGCCAGAACAUCGUGCAGUGUAUCCGCAUCUACCACAGUGGCUAAGUGGGGAAGUAGACUGUUCCUAGACCCCAGACUGGCUUAGGAUUGUUCCCUGACUUACACCAGGCUGUUGGUAUAAGGCGCUGGGACCUUGCUUCUCCUUCCUCCAUCCAAUCCCAUCAGAGAUAGCAUGUGGCCCUUUCCUCACAGCUUCUCUCCUCACCAGCUGGGAGGAUGGGUUCUGAUCUCCAAGCACUUUUUUCUUACUAAGAUAAAUAAUUUGCUAAUUUAUACAUGCUUCCCUCAUCACCAGGCCCAUGAAGAGGCUGGUUUUUCAGGGUGCUUCUAGAAACAGGAGUCAGAGGGUAGAGUAGUGUUGGGAGUGUGGACACUAUAGUAUUCUCAUCUCACAAUAAGAGCAGAAAACUUCCUUAGGUUCCUACAAGACUGAAGGAACAGGACCAGCCUACCUGUUCCAUUGCCUAGCCUAGUUAUGCAGGAAGAAAGGACAUUAGAACAGGUUUAGGAGGUCAAGAUUGUGAUCUAUUGUGCUUUUGGAAACUUGGGGUUUACUUCCCCUGGCUGUCAAUAUAGGCCAUGUUCUCAAAGUAUUAAAAAUCCUGCCUUAGAGGAAGGUAGAAAAGUUACCGGAGAAAGGGAGGGCUAAAGACUCACUGAAAGCAUGGAGGACCUCAGUGGACAAGAGUCCUGUUUGAUCUUGCCCAGAAGGAGAAAAGACAUCCUUUGCACAUCUGACUGUUCUACAUUCCCUGCUUCAAAGGAGUACAAAGACCCAGUGAAGACUUGGAGGGAGUCCUAUCUGGUUUUGACCAAAGGCAGAAAUGAUAGCUUGGUCUCAGUAUGCAUGACUGUUGUAGUCUUCAAGGGGAUGCUUUCCUGGGCAUGGACAGUUAAGCUGGGAGCUAAGUGGACGGGCAACCUCUCGGGGAUGAUCAGUGUGGAAUGAUGGAGCCAUUCCCAAAAGUACAUGGUGUGGUGUUCAGCCUGGAAAACCCAACGUGCUCUAGAUGAGGCUUGGGAACAGGGUUUCUCCUGGAAAUCCAGCUUUGGGCAUCUCCUUUUUUAUCUGGGGCACAUCAAGGGGAUGGCUACUGACACUGCAGGCUGAGAAUGGCUAACCAGCAGGGACUGUACCUGGAGGGAGGCAGAUGAAGCACACCCAGCAAAAUCCAUCCUGUGUGUUCUUUUCUUUUGCCCUAGUAGGUAGAGCUGCUAAACUGCCCCUUAUACCUCUAAUCCCCAGUGCAGUGCAUGGGCAGGGAUGAGCUGUUGUCUCAAAACCGGAAUAAAUUUCUACCUUCCCACCCUCA